AUGACCGUGCCCAGGUCUCACGACCUGCCCUGCAGCGAUCCUCAGCUCCGCUUUCUCCAGGUGGAUCCGGCUGCUGAGAAGAGCUCCUACCUCUACUCCACGGAGAUCACGCUGUGGACAGUGGUGGCCGCCAUUCAGGCCCUGGAGAAGAAGGUGGACUCCUGCCUGGCCCGCCUGCUGACCCUGGAGGGGCGGACGGGCACGGCCGAGAAGAAGCUGGCCGACUGCGAGAAGACGGCCGCAGAGUUCGGGAACCAGCUGGAGGGCAAGUGGGCCGUGCUGGGGACGCUGCUGCAGGAGUACGGGCUGCUGCAGCGCCGGCUGGAGAACAUGGAGAACCUGCUGAGGAACAGGAACUUCUGGAUCCUGCGGCUGCCCCCCGGCAGCAAGGGGGAGACCCCCAGGGUGCCCGUGACCUUCGAUGACGUGGCCGUGUAUUUCUCGGAGCAGGAGUGGGGGAGCCUGGACGAGUGGCAGAAGGAGCUGUACAAGCACGUGAUGCGCGGCAACUACGAGACGCUGGUCUCCCUGGAUUAUGCCAUCUGCAAGCCGGAUAUCCUUGCCCGCAUGGAGAGGGGAGAGCAGCCUUGUCCCGAAGGCCCGUGGGGCCAGGAGGGGAGCGAGAGAGAGGCAGGAGGCCCCCAGGGGCCGGACCCUGGCCUGCCUGCAGACCCGGCGCACACCCCCAGCCCGGUCCGCGCCGCCCAGGAGGAGCCGGGAGAGGGCCGGGCUCCCCAGCGCCCGGCCGCCUCGGAGGCGGGAGUCACCCCGGCGGGCCCCAGCGUGGGGCCUGCGGCCAGGGCUGGCGCGCUGUCCUCCAUCAAGCAGGAGGAGGACUCUUCAGACGAGCAGCUGGCAGCGUCCCCUCCCAGGGGCCAGGGGCCAGAUGGAGGUGCAGUGGUGAUCAAGGCGGAGGUGUCCUCUGAGGAUGAGAUGACGCCCGAGCAGCUCCUCCUGGGGGAGUCCCCCAGCCGGCCCCAGCGCAGACUCCCCAGAGGGCCCCAGAGCAAGACUGGGGGCCCCGGCCGGCUGCACCCCUCCGGCAUGCCGGGGGUGCGGGCCAGGAACCCGCGGCCCCCAGGGGCCCGGGGGGAGCCGCCCCGCGUCCUCCCUCGCCGGCAGGAGCGGACCUUCCCUUGCCCCGACUGCGGGCAGAGCUUCCGGCUGAAGAUCAACCUGACCAUCCACCAGCGGACCCACGCGGAGGGGCAGCCCCAGGCCGCCCGGGCCGGCUCGCCCCCCGGCUGGGAGGGGGCCCACUCCGCGCUGGAGCCAGGGGAGGUGGCGGUGCCCGGCCCGGUCAUCCGCUGGCUGCCCGAGGAGCCCGGGGGCCGCCGCGCGCUGGCAGGCCGGGCCUUCGGGGGGCGGCGGCCAGUGGCCACCAAGGUGUACCACUGCAGCGAGUGCCUGCGCUUCUUCCAGCAGCGGAAGAGCCUGCUGCUGCACCAGCGGCUGCACACCGGCACCAGCCAGGGCUGGCCCGCCUGCCCCUACUGCGGCAAGGCCUUCCGCCGGCCCUCGGACCUCUUCCGCCACCAGCGCAUCCACACGGGCGAGCGGCCCUACCAGUGCCCCCAGUGCGGCCGCGCCUUCAACCGGAACCACCACCUGGUCAUGCACAUGCAGACUCACGCCCGGGGCCAGUCCGGACAGCCCGGCCCGGUGCCGGCCCACGCAGGGUGCCCGCCCCGGCGACCCGGCCGCCUGGAGGAGGGCUGAGCAGGCGGGGCUGCG